AUACAUUGACACUUCGCAAUUUUUUUUCUUCCAAGAGCUAUAACGCUUAUCUGCAUUAUCUGCGCCUUGCAGGUCGCGAAGUGCUUCGCAAACAGCACUCCUGACGGUUGUCGAUAGUUCCUCUGGAGUUACGCUCGGGGAAUGUCAAGAUGUACCGGAAGAUGCUUAUCAUGUACCGUAUCUUACUCGAAUACGUCACGCAUUGAUUUUCCGAUAUCCACUAGCCCUCGAACGUUCUCCAUACGAUUACAAUCCAGUAAUGCAUGGUCCAUCUUGCGUGCGGGAUAUGAGAGUACAAAACGAGCGUUCCGUAGGUUGCCCACCUCAUUUCUAUGAUAAUUCUUUUUCGUCUAACCACCUCAAGUGUGGGUGUCCUUAUGAUGUGGAUAAUCCGAGCGAUAAUCAAGCAGCUUCCAACGACCCACACUUUCCACUUUUCGAGCUGGGGAGUACCGCUUCUUCUCAACCUCAGGAAACCAGAAUCUGGACUGUUAGUCCUUGCGCUGAAUUCUUCUGUCAAAACAAUGGGACGUGUGUUGUUACACAGGAAGGAUCGUUUCAGGCAGCAUGCUUGUGUCGCAAUGGCUUCAUUGGUGCCAAGUGCGAGGUAGAUGUAUGUUCGACAGUCCCUUGCCAAAAUGGAGGGAAAUGCCGCGCAAACGGAGGAGAAGCAUUUUGUGAUUGUACGCCACCGUAUACUGGACUUUUGUGCGAAUCGGCCGUCGCAUCCUGUGAACCACCAUGUGUCAACGGAGAGUGCGUUGUUCAAAAUGAUAAAGUAGCAUGCAAAUGCAGGCAAGGAUUCAUUGGGUCCGUCUGCAACGUCGUUGAUGUUUGUCAUGAGGACACCGCUUGUUCCAUGUUUGGCGAAGAGGCGAGAUGUAUCAUAGAUGAAACCAGUUUCACGCUUAUCUCGUCUUCUCUAUACAAUGCGUCUUACGAGUGCCGUUGUCCUCAUCCGGUAGAUGGUGGUAUGCUUGUUUAA